CAAGCAAUUUGACAAUCGCGCCUCACUUAUCUCUACCUCCAAAAUGAUGAUAACCAUAUCUGGAACCGGUUAGUCGCCACCAAAACUCUGCUGACUAAAGAUGCUAAAGAACACCGUCUGCCUGGUAACCGGAGGUGCCUCCGGCCUCGGUCGCGCCACCGUCGAGCACUUUCUACGCGCCGGCUCGAAGGUAAUCCUCGCCGAUCUACCCACCUCCGCCGGAGCAGAACUAGCGAAAUCCCUCGCCUCCGACAACGUCGCGUUCGUCCCGGUUGACGUCACCUCCGAGCGGGAUGUCUCGCGAGCUCUGGAACAAGUGGUCGCCCGCUUCGGUCGGCUGGACGUGGCCGUCAACUGCGCCGGGAUCGCCUUUCCGAUGAGAACCUACGACUACCGGCAGGGUAAGGCGCACAGUUUGGGCCUGUUUCAACGAGCGUUGCUCGUCAAUACGGUCGGGACGUUCAACGUGGCCCGGUUGGCGGCCGGUGUGAUGGGGCGGAACGAGCCGGACGGGGACGGGCAGCGCGGGGUCAUCGUGAACACGGCCUCGGUGCUGGCGUUUGACGGUCAGGCUGGAUUUGCGGCGUACGCCGCGUCCAAGGCGGCGAUCGUCGGGAUGACGCUGCCGAUGGCGCGGGAUUUGAGCGGAGUUGGGAUCCGGGUGGUGACGGUGGCGCCCGGGUUGUUUGAAACGCAGAUGACGCGGGAGCUGCCGGAGCGGGCGGUCCGGGUGAUGGUGGGAACGAUCCCGUUUCCGAAGAGGCAGGGACAGCCGGACGAGUUUGGGAAGUUGGUGGAAGCGAUCGUGGCGAAUCCGAUGCUGAACGGGGAGGUCAUCCGGCUGGAUGCGGCCGCUAGGUUUAAUAUGUGAGGGGUUUCGGAGCAAUGAGAUGUGUUUUGGGUAUUUGAGGAGAAUAAAGGUUUUAUUGACCAUGA